AUGGCGCAUACAUACAACCUCCGCGCUCGGCAAUCGCCUUCUCAUUCACCUCCCCCACAAAUCGCGAAGACUGCGACAACCCGCAGAUCGAAUGCCACUCAGAAGGAGCCCGCACCUUCGAAUCCUCAGAAGAAGGUUGCUGCUCAAGGCCACACCCCUCAGCCUACGCGACAAACCAAACGAAGUCGACCUGCCGAGCCCAUCUUCAGCGUGGGUUCGCAGACGGGAUCUCCGGUGGAGAACGUGGUCCUCCGUCCUCCUCCUACGCGACAAACCAAACGAAGUCGAGCUGCCGAACACAACGAAGAGCGCGUUCACAAACGACUUCGGCCGAACGUUGAAACAGCAAUCUCGGGCGUUAGUUCUGAGGCGAGAUCACCGCAAGAGAGGAAUAACUUCAAACAUUCCGUGGUGAAACCGAAUCGCCUACGAACAGCCGCGAGGGAUGUUUGGAGGAUAGUGGCUCAGACGGAGGUGCUUAUAGCGCGCGCCAGCACGAGCGCUAGGCGUUUGCUCUUGGACGUUAUUCAUCUGGACGCUCGCGAAGAAUCUCCAGUGGAGCAUGACACACACGAGGACAGAUCCGUACAUACCGAACCUCCGGCGGACCAGGUUGAUGCUGUACCUUUAGCGCACGAACGGCGCCAAACUGACACACGAACCGUUACCGAGGAAGAUUUGGAGGCGUUCAUCAAAACGUUCCAGUAUAUCCGCUCCGAAAUCAGUGGCAAAGACGAGAAGGCCCUCUCGAGCAAGAACAUGCUCGCACUAUCGACGCUCUGCGAAGACUGGGUCGAUGAGAAUGUGACUUGGCACGACUGUCGAUGUGACGCGAAGCAGCGAGGCCGUGCCCAAGUGGUGUCGUUUUCGAAACCCAGACCUCGAGUAGGCGUGGAUCAACAGGGCCUUCCCUUCCACGACUGGAGUGCUUGUCAGCUGGAACGCUGGCCGCCGCGGAGGCUAGGGAAGGAACGAAUCGUCAUGGACGAGGCCGGGAUCCUCUUCAACGACGCCGUUGUGGACGAUGUGCUUGUUCUCCCGGCACCUCUCCGUCCCCGACGACCCAGAGUGUUUGCCGACCAAUACCAACCCAACCUUCACGAUAUACGAAAGACCGUAUAUCGCGUACUCGAACAAUGGCACCGCGUCUACGGGCAAUGCAUGAGAUGCAUCCUUCGUGCUGCUCGAACAUUUCCGCCUUGGAUGAUUACGGUGAACGAUAAAGAUCAAUACGUCGACGGCGAUCCCGUCUUUAUCAAUAACGUGAACGACGAGCUGGCGGAAUGGGACGAGACAGGAAGGCGAUGGCGACAUCUCGUGCUUGAUCACUAUCGUUGGAUGCCAGUUGAGGAGUUAGAGGAGAGGGCAAGCGAUAGCGCUGCAAAUCCUGAGAUUCUCAACGGAACGACCGAUACCGAGGUUCCCUUUCAACACUGGGCCUGGGCAUGA